AGUCAUCUAGUGCGCCAGUUUCUCUUCUCAGCUUCUUCAUCAAUAUGAAUUUUUACUUUUACAUUCUUUUUCUUCUAAGUGGACUAACAGGAACUCAUAGUGUGACUACAGUCACAAAAGUAUCAGUAAAGGCUGGACAGUCUCUCUCAAUCCCCUGUCUCUAUGGCACACAGUAUCGAAACCAUGUGAAGUACUUGUGCAAAGGAUCUCGCUGGCGUUCAUGCUCAUAUGUGAUUAAAACAAAUGAACAACAGAAGUCAAAAAAGUUUUCUAUAUCUGAUGAUAAAGAUCAAAGAAUCUUCACAGUGACCAUGAGAGAGUUAACAAAUGCAGACAGUCACUUCUGGUGUAUUGUGGAGAUUAAUAAUGGCCUAGAUGAUGGAGAGUAUUUUCACCUGUCAGUCACCACAGGUUCCCCCAUCCUCAGUGUGAGAGAUCAGAAGAUUACAGGGUUUAUAGGAGAAAAUGUAUCCAUUGAAUUUCACAACUGCAUCUCAGACAGACUGCAAUGGUGCAGGUUGGGUGGGCCCUGUGUGGGAAACCCUUCUGGAUUCAUGGAUGGAACAAGAGUGAUCAUUAAUAAGACAGGCCAUAAAGACUUCACUGUGACUUUGAGUGGACUGAAGCUUGAGAGUGGCGGCUGGUAUCUGUGUUCAUCAGGGGAAUAUCAGAUGCCGGUGCAUCUAUCUGUUUAUGAAAAACCAACUACCACUGCAGCCACCACUGAAGGAACAACCGUCACAUCACUUGAAAAUAGACAAGACAGUACUUCGUUUGACCUGAAGAACCUCGUCAUUCCUCUGAGUGUGCUGAUAGCAAUCGUAACUGUGGCCUUGAUCAUCUGGCUUCUGUUGAGACGUAAGCAGAAAAAAGCAGAAACAUCUGUCACAGCAAAGGCUGAAGAUGAAGUAACUUACUCCGGUGUUGUGCACAUAAAGCAGAAUCUGCCCCAGAGAUCAAAUGAUGAGAGGGAAGCGGAUGUGUUGUACAGCUCUGUGGUGACCAGAAAGGAACAAAAUGCAACAAUGAGUUCACCAGCGAGAAGUGAUGAGGAUGUGGUGUACACUUCUGUAAUUUCAGUGAAGAACCAGGCUGCUAAAAAGACUGGAGCAGUGUUUGAAGAAACUACAUAUAGCACUGUGGCUGAGCACUUUUAAGUUCUUCAUCCGUCAAUACCGCUUGUGUGGAGGGAGGACACCCUGGACAAGUCAUCAGUCUGUCACAGGACAAUCAGAAAAACACACAUUCACACACUGGAGCAAUUUAACAUAAUCGAUUACCUCACAUAUGGUAUUGGUAUUUGGACUGUGAGUGGAAACUGGUGUACUUGCAAUAAUAACCCACCACAUGCACAGGCAGAACAUGCAAACAUAACAAUCCAUAAAGACUCGAGCACCUUAUGGCCCCACUCUGACCUCUGAUAGCCUGUAUAUACCUGUAUGAUAUAUUAAUUUUCAGAUAUCACAGCUGUUGGUAUUGCUUGGUUUUACUUAGCUGAGUAAAUAUUUCAGAAAUUUCUAGUUUGGUUGCUUCAUUUGUGCUUGACAGGAACGUUGACAAAAACUCUUCCAGUUCAUUGUUCCUAUUUUACUUCUGGGAUGUGCACACACACACACACACACACACACACACACACACACACACACACACACACA